UUAAAAAGAUAAAUUAAUAAAAUUACCUUCUUGUUGUGUGAAAAAAAAAUUACCAUAUGAAAUAGAGUAUUUGGCUAAGUCAUAUUUUAGUACUGUGACAAGGAUCGGACGGUCCAAAUUAUACAACAGAUAAUCACCGUUGAUUAUUCUUUUUAACACCUUUAAUCACAAAGCAUUAACACAACAUAUUCCAAAUUUUCCCCUGAGAAAGCCAAAAUGUGUUACGGCUGUCAGCGAUUACCAUCAAAAGCCGAAUUAACCGACCCGACCCGCCGGACUUUAACAUCACCACCACCGCCGGAGGCGGCGACCGACAACGCCGUAGUAGUCGAAAACCUCCGUGACCGGCUAGCUGAAACGGAGGCGCGGCUUGAACGAGCUAGAGCUAGAGAAGCCGAGCUAACCCGUCAACUGGAAGAGAUGAAGAGGUUUGUAUGUGUAAUGGAAAUUCUCGAGUGUUAUCUCAAGCGCAGGUACAGAGAACAAGAAGUUAAAACCCUAGCUGUGGUUAAUGGAACGAAAUAUGUAUAGGUAGAAAAGGUAAUUUCGAAGAAAAAGAAGGGUAAAUUUGUCCUUUUUUUUUCAUGAAUGAUUAUGUUGUUAAUGGAUUAUUGGUGUUUAAUGUUUAUGGAAAUUCUCGAGUGUUAUCUUAA